GGGCGGCGGCGCUUUUUGAACCUGGAGCGCGUCGAGGCGUUCCGGGGGAGCGGCGGCGUGCGACUGGAGGACGACGUACUAGUUCGGGCCGACGGCGUCGAGAACCUGUCGCUCUGUCCGCGGACGGUGGAGGAGAUCCGAUCGGUCAAAAACGGUGGAAGCUGGCCGCCCGCCUCCGACGCGUGUCCGGCGCUGCGGCGGGCGUGGUGCGCGCCGAACCCCACGGUGCCCGGGGGGCCGAUGAAGCGCGUCCGCCUGCCUGACUCGUUGUGA